AUGCCUUCGGAGAUGAUCCGACAUCAUCCUGGCUACUAUGAGCCCGACCCGCCAGACACAGCCGCUGCUGAGUCCGUGCAAUCCACCGUCUCCCACCAAGUACCAGCAAACGGAAGACGGUCGAGCAGGAUUUGGAGCAUGUUUUCUACACUCUCAGAUGGACUUCGUUCUAGGAGAUUAAGCGCUCUCUUCUACAAUCAGCCCGACAAGCCCCAGACACGCACAAUGGCACCAAAAAUACUUCGGCUACCUGUAGAGACAUACCGACCUAUUCUACUACAGCUCGCGGCGACCUCUUCACGCGCCGAGCUCGCCAACGCCGCGCUCGUCUCGAAAGCCAUGUGUCACGAGGCUCAGCGUAUCAUCUACCACACGCUCACGCUCGCUCCGGACGUUCCACAACCAACAGAGAUCAGCGACACGGUCGCGCGCAUGGUCCGCGGCGUCAGCAUCCGACUGGGCAAUCGGUACCGCGCAGCCAAGCACACACAAUGGUGCAUGGACCUGCUCCCUCGCCUCAUCUUCCUAGAAAAGAUUGACAUUGCCGGUCGAGGGUGGGAAGUCAGCGUCUUUGAAUCGUGCUUACCGCGUGUGUGGGACCGAUACGAAGGUGUAACGGGGGUAAAGACAUUUCAUUUCGAUGGAACGAUCGACUUGCCCUUGAUUCGCUUCCUCGCUGCUCAGCCAUCCCUUGCAGAACUCGAGCUGGCAAGCGGGAUGAUGGUCCCCUUUCACUCGUCCGAGGUGGUCGAAGUCGUCUCUACGCCGUAUUUCCAUCUUACCAAAAUCUCCAUACCCCAUGAGUAUGCCAAGGCCAUCAUCCGUCUCGCGCCUUGUUUGCAGCACCUCACAUUGACGUUUGACGUCGGGACGACCGCGAUGGAUUUGGGGGACACAUUGAAACAACUCCCUGAAUCGAUGCAAUCGCUCAUCUUCAAUACGACGCGACGCGAUUUGCUGCCCGCACAUGCCUUUCUCCCACGCAGUCUCCGCAUGCUUUCCACCGUCUUUGUCCAACAUGAGUCUGCACAGAUGCUCCAAUACCUCUCACAUCUCAAGUUCUUGGAACACAUCAUCUUGAACGUCUGCCAGCCUUCUGUUCCCACGUUCAUCAACCCCUUUGCGAUCGGGGCCCUCCCGCCGUCACCGACGCCGACCCAGGGGUUUGAUGAUCGGGCGGUGGACGUGUUCAUCACGCAACUUAAAGUGAUCUGCCCGAACGUCAAGACGGUGCAAGUAGACGAUCAGGUGUUCAAUCGGAGAAGCAGUCUCUGGGCCGAGGAGAGGGAUGGGAGUAUGUCACGGAGGGAAAGCUAUGACAUUUCGCGACACAGGGAUGGGUCUGCGGCGCGGAUGUGGUCGCGCAUGUCUCUCUAA